GCGGCCGCGGCCGCAGCCGAGGGGGAGGUGCUGCAGCUUCGCCUGGCUUCCCUCUGCAUCAUGGCCCGCGUGAUGGGGGAGGUCUCAUCACACAUGAGCGCCGCCGGCCCGCAGGGUGCCGCCGCGCCCACCUGCGGCCCCCCAUCGCUGCGCUCCCACGAGGCGGCACUCCCAGGGGCGGCGCGCAGCGCGGCGGGCGGCGCGGGCUGGAUGCUGGACGGUCUUCCUCACUUGCACUCCGGGGUCAGCCUGCUGCAUCUGGAGAG